AUGGCUUUAGAUAACACCAAGCUCCUCCAAACCCUCGAAAAAGCAACAGAGCUCAAGCUCUGUCCAAAUCGCCUUUGGGCAGUUGCGGGGGAGAAUUUACCAAACAUUUUCCCAAACUUCAACUCAGUCGCUUCCUUGACAAAGCAGCAGCGCAGUCACCCAGACUACAAGGACCACGGACAAUGUACAUCCGACUUUUGUGAAUACUCCCAACGUGAUUUCAGCGCGGUGCAACAGCGUCAUGAAUGCAGAGACGCCAAAUGUAGACCAUUGCGAAGUCAAUUCCCGAGGUAUGCAUUAGACCGUGCUGCGCGCGAUGGCACCUCAACGGUUUGGGCAUUGAACGGGAUCUCGUUUCUCAAAUCGCCUGUGCCCUACAUGGCUAUUUCCCACGUCUGGUCCGACGGGACCGGAACUGGGGCUUGGAAAGACGGCGCUGUCAACCAGUGUUUAUAUGCUUUCUUCCGGGAUAUCGCGGAGAAGUUUGAAUGCGAGGGGAUAUGGUGGGAUACCCUUUGCAUUCCUCGUGAAAAGGCGGCUCGGAAUAAGGCUAUUCAAAAGAUUCAAGUCAAUUACGAGGAUGCGCGGAUUACCCUGGUACAUGACUGUUUUCUUCGGAAUUGGGAGUGGGACCCCAAAACUGCUUGCUUUGCUAUCCUUAUGUCGCCUUGGUUUAGUCGAGGCUGGACGGCGCUUGAAUUGACCAAGUCACGGAAAGUCAAAGUCAUUUUUAAGGGGCGUGAAGGGCCUGUUAUCAAGGAUCUAGAUGAAGAGAUCUUAGCGAAGGAGGGCAGUGAAGACACUGAAAUUGCUCGAAAAAAUGCAUCUCAGAUCAUUCGAAAUCUCCGUGGCGAGGUUACAAGCCUAAACGACCUUUUAAGCGUGUUAGGAGCAAGAUAUACGUCUUGGCCAAAGGAUAUGGCUACUAUCUCUGCGCUUUUAGUCGGUGUGAAGCCUCAAGAGCAGCAACAGGAGACAUACAAGAGUAUUGUCAAAAGAUUCGGACGGAUCGCACCUGGCCAUCUUUUUCACAACACCGCUACCAUGUCCAAGGGCUUACGUUGGUGUCCGGCCAACUUGUUUCACAUUCCAUUGGACUCAUCACCCGCCUCUCUGGUUGUUUCUCAAGAAGGGCAUGUUUCUGGAAGCUGGCGUUUGAGUCGUGUGAGAUCUGGGCUUGUAAGUGAUUGUUGGUGGGGUGACACCCAUGCUCUGGUAAGACUUCAGAUCCAAAGCGCACUCGAAACUCCUCAAGAUUGUCGACUCUUGGCCGAACGCGGCACGAACUUAAUCGAACGAGCUUUGCUUGUAAAAAAGAUGAAGUUAAAUGACUGCUACCAAUAUAUCGGGGCGGUGUACUUCCGCCAGGCACUGGAUGCAAGCGCGGACAACUGGGUUGAAAAGGAAGUUAUAAUAUCGGGCUAUAUGGAUCAUGAGCAAGAAGGAGACUCGGCAAGCACGAGCGAUGAAGAUGAUAUCAACGUGGAUGACAGAAAUAUUUCUGAGGGCAUUCACAAGCCUGAAAGAUUGCGCAGUGCGAUAUGGCGGGGAGAUUGGCAUACGUUUAAUUAUCUCAAGGAAUGCAGCCUCUUGGAUGCGCCGGACGAGAUCGGACGUCGACCGCUACAUCUCGCAGCCGAACGAGGACAUAUAAAGAUGGUCCAGGUUUUACUAGACUCCGGAGCCACUCCAAGCCUACAGUGUGAUCAGGGCCGCACUGCCUUACACAGUGCUGUUUGGGGAGGUUCUGCUGCCAUCGUGCAGCUGUUGCAAGAAAGGAUUGAUGAUAUGACGCAAGACAAGGAUGGAAAUAUCGCACUGCAUAUUGCAGCCCAGAUGGGAGCUGCAUCGGUCGCAGAACUUCUCAUCAAUAAAAGCACCAUCAAUGCGGCGGGUUUCAAUGAUCUGACGCCACUUCAUUUCGCUGUUAUAAAUGGUCACAAGGAAGUGAUUGAGUCGCUGAAAUAUGCCAACCUCAGUACCAGCGAUAGAAGGCUUGGUUUGACGCCCUUGCAUUGUGCGGUCGGAAACGGACACAAAGCGAUAGUUGAACUCCUGAUCGAUUACGGCGCCGAACUCACUGAAAAUGGCAACCUGGCUGGUUGGACACCUGUGCAUAUUGCUGCAAUCAAUGGUGAACGAUCGUGCCUCAAUGCUUUACUUGACGCAGGUGCCGAUGGGACAGCCGAGGAUAAAUUUGGCUGGACACCUCGACAAUUCGCAGAGAUAAAUGGGCAUACAGAGCUACUGGAAUUUCUACCCGGCAGUCCAGCCGAUAGCGUCUCAAAAGAUUCACACAAUUGGACUCCGCUGCACUGUAAGGCCAUCAAUAAGGAUGAUGGUAUAGUUAAGAUGUUGACAUCCAAGGAUGUUGAUGCAUAUCUAACCCUACCGGGGCAGAGUUGGCAGUCGCCACUUCAAUUUGCGGCAGAGAACGAGCUCGGAACCGCCCUGCAGUGGCUCUUUCAGAAAGGGUUUCAGAAGGAAACAGAAUCUCAAAAACUUACGCUGUUCUGGGCUGCUGCAAAUGGCUGCAAGGAGUUUGCCCAUCUGCUGCUCGAUCAGGGUGCCCACAAAGAGGGAAACAGCCGGAUAAAGGCAACGCCACUAUUGAUCGCUUGUCAUCAUGGACACGACUCGAUAGUACAAGUGCUACUAGAAGCCGGUGCAAACAAAGAAAGAAGAAGUUCGCUGGGAAAGACCCCACUACAUGUUGCUGCUCUUCGCGGACACGAAGCAGUAGUCUUGCUACUGCUGGACUUUGGCGCCAAUAAGCUAGCCGUGUCACAUUCCCGCAGAACUCCCUUAUUCUAUGCUGCCCAUCGUGGGCAUGAGGGCGUGGUGCGGCUUUUACUAGAUGUUGGUGUCCCAAAGGAUGGGCGCACAGGAGACAGCAAAACUCCUUUACAAGUCGCUGCUAGGGCCGGGCAUGAGAAGGUUGUUCGGUUACUACUCGAGGCUGGCGAGACUGGUCCCCCUUUGAAGUCGGAUGCCAGUGAUCGCUCUAAUGAGUGGGAAGAUACAAGUGAGGCUCACAACCUCCCAUCAGAUGUCAGUUUCGAUAACAGCUAUGAGGCCAGUGAUGUCGGUAGGUAUGAUACGGAUGUUAGUGUGGAUGACGGGAGACAAAGUGUCAGUGAAGGCACCAAUGAGAGUGCCAGUGAGCCUUCUAGACUGGAUUCCGGUGAAUAUUCCGAUGGAGAUGAGAACUAUUCCGAUGGAGAUGAGAACUAUUCCGAUGGAGAUGAGAACUAUUCCGAUGGAGAUGAGAAUGAUGACAGUUAUUAUGAGUAUUAUGACUCCGAUGAGAGUCUUACCGAUGACAGAAUUCAGCAUGGCAUGGACAGGGACCCAGGUUACUACGUGAUGCAUCGAAUACUUGCCAGGCGCACGCCCCUCAACCUCGCUGCUAAAUCCGGACACAGCGAAGCCGUGCGGCUAUUGCUAGACGCCGGUGGUGAGAGUGCUCAAGGUCUUUAUCUUCAGGUAGCACUCCUCUCCGCUGCUAAGAAAGGCCACAGGGAGACGGUGCGUCUACUGGUUGAGGCCAACGCCGGGAUUGCAGCGGAGGACAACAACACGGCAACAGCUCUCUUCUGCGCAGCCACACAAGGGAAUACAGAGGCGUUGAAGCUCCUGAUAGCAGCCGAGAGCGGCAACGGGAAUGCCCAUCUCCAGCUCCCACUAUGUGCCGCAGCUGCACAGGGCUAUGAGGAGGCAGUACGUCUGCUUCUUGAUGCUGGGGCCAAUAUAGCGACUGCACGAUAUGGUGAUUACGCGCUGUUAUCCCUCUUGGCCAUUAGAGGCAAAGCACGGGUCUUGAAAAUGCUGAUUGACACGGGAGCCGAUGUCAAUGAAUAUGAAGAAGGCAUUCCCCCGCUCUCAGCCGCUGCUACGACAGGAGAAGAGGAGGUGAUGCGUCUGCUGGUCGAUGCCGGCGCUGAUGUCAAUGAUGUCCACCAAGGGGCUACGGCACUAUACUUGGCAGCUCGGCGGAAUAAUAUUUCGAGUGUACAGUUCCUCCUUGAAGAGGGUGCCGAUGUCGAUUUGAUGUCUGGAGAACGCUUUUCCCCACUCUUAUGCGCUGCCGACAAAGGACACGACGCAGUGUUACGCCUACUGCUCCAUGCUGGCGCCGAUAUUCAUCGAUAUGAUACAUCACCACUCCUAUGCGCUGUCGAGAAAGGGCAUGAGGCUGUCGUAAGGUUGCUACUUGAGGCUGGAGCUGAUAAGGAAGUCCGAGGUUAUCAGGGCCGAACGGCGCUUGACUAUGCCAGAUUGAUGGGACAUUAUGCGAUUAUCAAGCUUCUUGCCCCAUGA